CCACCAUCAUCAAGAAAGUCCAGGAGCAUAACAAGGGAGGGGGGAUUGAUCAUUGAUGUGGUUGGGUUACCAAUUGACACUUUCAGCCUUCAGCGCUUACGGCCCAAUUUGACGCGAAGAUGCUUGAACUGAAGGGGGAAGAAAGUGGGGCGGGGUCACAGGGAGUCCGUCUGCAAGCGGGUCCUGCUGAAAUGCUCACGAAUCACAUUUGAUGUUCUGAUGGCGUCCGCGUUUGCGCAGCGGGAACGCGCCCUGAAUGAAAAGCUGUUUGGAGAUCUCGUCCAAAGACAGGCAGAGCUUCAACCGCAGACGGAGAACUUCAGCAUCGCCCUCCAAUUCUGCUUGCAGAACACAGCACAGCACACGUACUUAGAUCCAAACCCCAGCACUGUAAGCUCUCAGUACAAGGAGCUGCUCCAGCGCCUUGAAAUAAACAGUCAGCUCAGAAAAGCAGAUGCUCUGAAGGUGCUAACAGCCAAGUUCCAAAAGCAACCCCUCCAAUCCUUUUAUCCGGAUGUCAAUGCAUCAGUUCUCAGUCUGCUUUACCACCUUGCUGAUGCUCCUGCGUCGACCCCUCUUGACUUUGAGCCUAAACUUUUCGAGGAGCCUUCCACCGAGCUAUCAAUCAAAGACAUUGAUGACUCUGAUGACGUGGACUCUGAAUGGAGCUAUGACUGGUCCACAGAGUCUGACCUGAAGAGCGACGAUGGGGAGUCAGUGUCAGAGGAGUUUCCAGGAGCCAGCGAUGAAGAAGCAACAGCAGGCUCAGAUCAGGAUUCCCCCCACACCUUUGACUGGAAAACGUACAGCCUGCAGUUGGACGAAGAGAGCGGGCCAAGUAACCUGGUUGAGGAAGAUGAGGCUGAGCCAAACGCUGCUGAUCUGAGUGGCACUCUGGUUGAAGCAAUCUCCAGAAGCAGGGGAAGUGGUUUGGCAUCCCUGCAACCAAACCCGAGCCUGAGGACCACUGAAGCCGUACUUGUGCGCCAAGUGCUCCGCCUACUGCAAGGCACUGUCCAAAGCGCCUUUUGCUCCGGGGCCCACCGGUUCCAACUAAUUGACGGGGUGCACGUCACGCAUCUGUCCCCCAGCUCCCUGCGUCAGCUUCUUGCGCCAUUCCUAGUUGCAGCUUCCAGCCUCAAGCACGUUCAGGAUUGGAUCGCCGGCGUCCGCGCCAAGACCUGGCAGAGCUUUGGGGACGAGCGCAGGCAGGCGCGAGGCCCCACCAUGGAAGCCUUUGCCAAUGCGCUGCGGAUCCAGGUUCAGAGCCUGAUGGCCUCUGUGGUGGAGGCAGAAAGUGAGGCAGCUCGUGGGGCGGCAGGAACCCAAGUCACCCUGCUGAGCCUUCGGCAGAGGCUACGGGGGGUCUUGCAAGGGAGUCGGUUCCUGGAAAUGGUGCUGGACGCUGUGACUGCGUCAGAGACCGGCAACGCGGCGGACGACGCGGAGCACUUGCUGUCCGUGCUCUACCAGUUGAUGGGCCAACACUGCCUCCUCGAAGACGGCGAGGAGGCGGCCUAUCGCACCGUGCUCUCGCUGUUCCUGGCCUCGCUCCAGCCCAUGUUAACGGCGCUCAACGCCUGGUUGGAGGAAGGCAUCCUGCAAGACGCCGCGAAUGAGUUGUUCAUCUGUGCAAACCCCGCGGUCCCAAUCGAAGACUCUGCCUUCUGGCUGCUGGGCCACUCCCUCCGGCGGCGGCAUCGUCCCAGCCCCCCGCAAACCCCCGAAGCCCGGUCCAGUCACAGCAGUGCUUACCCCCCCGAACCCGCCACUCAGCCCCUCCCUACUAGCGCAGCAAGCACGCCAACGUCCCCGCCUCCCGAAGACGACCUCAUCUGCCCCCCCUUCCUGAGCGGCCUCGCCCCGGCCAUACUGCGGACCGGCAAAUCGCUGCAGCUGCUGAACCACGUGAUUCAGGACCCCUCCUCGGAGCUGGCGCGCCCGUCGGCCGGGCCCUUCCCCCGGACGUCCUUCCCCUUCUCCUCGCCGUCCAAGAGCCCGUUCCGCUAUUCCGCUCCCCCCUCCCCCGGGCUGCGGGCAUCGAAUCCCCCCACUCCGCCGGACACACGCAGCCGGCGCGCAAGCCUCGUCUCGCAGCUGCCCAGCCCGUCCCAGAGGGCGUCCCCGCUGCACACGCCGCUGAGGACGGAAGUCGCCUUCUCGCCAAGGCUUCCGCAGGCUGCGUCGUCGGAGCCGAUUCCUUCCGGCGGAAAGGAAGAGUUCUCGGCGGAACGGAGCCGCGAGGAGCGGCGGCCGCUGUACCACAAGUUUUGCGACUCGCUGAGGUUGUUGGUGACAGCGAAAGUGGGGUCGGAAGCGGAAAAGGCUACAGUGUUGGCGGAACGGACCGAGGCGUCUGAAAGUGCGCAGAGCUCGGAUGAAGGGGAUAGUUUGAGUAGCUUGUGGGCGAAGUCGUUUGUAGUCGAGGAUUGGGCUGUCGCGCUGCAGCAUGCGGCGAUUGAGGCGUCCGAAGGAGCGGCCGCGCAGACCAAUUCGGACGCCGUGUACAGCUUCCUCCGACAUGACGCCAACACUCGAAGCCAGAAUCAGAACGGAGACGGACAACUAGAGAGGGCAGAGUUUCUAGCUUUGCCGCCGCUCGACGACGCGGACCUCCGGGCAGCUCUGGGGCAGGAGACAGAAGCGGCAAGCACGAGCGGACGGGGAGAUGAUGACGAACUUUUUCGGCGGGUACCGGGGAACGACUACGCGAACGCGCCGAACGGAGGGGCGCUGGUGGUGGAUCUGUGCAAACUAGAUGCGGGCUCACUCAUGCAGCGAGUGGCUAGAGAGCCCACGUGGCUGCCACGUGUCAGUUUCGGAGUGGGGAGAGGGGACGAGCUGGAAUGGCUCCGGAAGGCGAGGCUCAGAGCGACGCCGCCGCCUGCGGUGCUCAUCCAGGAGUGCCUCUUAAAACAUAUCGGCCAGCAGGUCGACCACGUGGGUGCACGGCUGCUGGCGCGGCUGAUGGGCGAGUGGCAGCUGAUCGAGGAGCUGGCCAUCCUGCGCGCGGUGUACCUGCUCGGGUCGGGCGACGUGCUGCACCAGUUCACGACCGCGCUCUUCGCCAAGCUGGAGCGGCGCGAGCCCUGGGACGACUUCCACGAGCUCAACACCAUGCUCCAGAACUCGGUGCGCGCUUCGGGCGACUCCGCCCUGUCCCUCAUCCAGGACUCGCUGCUGAUCCGGGUCGUCGACCCGGAAGGCAGCGACGCCCCCAGCCACCGCCCCGUCCUGCGCAGCUUCGGCAUCGACGCGCUCGACUGCCUCCGCUUCUCUUACAAGGUAUCGUGGCCGCUGGAGCUGAUCAUCAGCGAGGCGGCCAUCCACAAGUACAACCAAGUCAUGGCCUUUCUACUCAAGCUCAAGCGGGCCAAGCACGGCCUCGACAGGGCCGCCCGGUGGAAGAUCAACGGCCUGGGCAGCUCCGGGGGCAAGCAGCGGCUCCUCUUCCAGCAAAAGCUGCUCCACUUCAUCAACACGCUGCACCAAUACGUCAUGGACCGGGUCCUCCACAGCGCGUGGCUGGACCUUCGCACGGAGAUGGCCGCGGCGACCAGCCUGGACGAGGUCAUCGCGUGCCACGAGCGCUACCUGGCCGCAAUCCAGAAGCAGUGCCUCGUCGCCUCCGACAAGCUGUGGACGCUCCUGGCGAGCCGUGUGCGCACAAUGGUCGCGAUCGCGCUGGACUUCUGCUCGCUCCAGCGGACGCUCUCCUCGGACGGCGCGAACCCGGACGUCCUCGCGCGCGGCGAGGCCGAGAUGCUGCGCCUCGAGCGCCAGUUCCACGAGAGCAUGGUCUUCCUGCUGCGGGUCCUGUCUUCAAAACUGAACGUGGGCCAUUUCCCUCAUCUUGCCGACCUUGUUAUACGGAUCAAUUACAACCACUACUACAUGAACGAGCAAGGCAGAAUCCUACUCUCACCAGCUUCUGCUUCGAUGCACUAGAGUUGGAAAGAGCCGGUUGAUGAUUGGAUCUAGCUGUAGCUCGAGGCAGCAAACAGAUGGAGACGGGUCCCAUCAGGGACGCGUCACAAAGGCACUUAAGCUUCCGCACAUUGCUGCAUCGUUUAGAAAUUCAUCGGAUGUGCUUUCCAGGCUUGGGAGCCCCAGGUUAUUGCGAGCUGCAUGUAAUGGUUAGCGACGGAUCCAUCAGCUUUGCAUAAGGUCUGAAUUAGACUCAGACAGCAUUGCAUGUGGGGCAACGUCGGUUGUGCGUUAAUUUGACCACGGCAUAUAUUUAAUGCAUGGGCG